AUGGCUGAAUCCCAGCGUCGUCCUCGCGUCUUUUUUGACAUCCAAAUCGGCGAGCAGAAAGCCGGUCGUGUUGCUCUUGAAUUGUUCAGUGAUGUCGUCCCCAAGACCGCAGAUAACUUCCGAGCGCUUUGCACUGGCGAGAAGGGAGAAGGCAACCAGGGCAAGCCCCUACAUUUCAAGGGUUCGAUCUUCCACCGAGUUAUCAAGCAAUUCAUGAUCCAGGGUGGUGAUUUCACUGCGUUCAACGGCACUGGCGGCGAGUCGAUCUAUGGCGAAAAGUUCCCCGACGAGAAUUUCGAGCUGAAGCAUGACCGUCCCUUCCUGCUUUCUAUGGCUAACUCUGGCCCUGGCACAAACGGAAGCCAGUUCUUCAUUACCACCGUUCCUACUCCUCACUUAGACGGCAAACACGUGGUUUUCGGUGAAGUGCUCAACGGCAAGAGCGUGGUCCGCAAGAUCGAGAAUUUGCCAACUCAGGCCGACAAGCCUCAAUCUGAUGUAACCAUCGCAGACUGUGGUGAACUUACCGGCGACGAAUAUGAAAAUGCGGACAAGCAAGCUCCCGAUGCUACCGGUGACCCAUACGAGGACUUCCCCGAUGACCACCAGGGAGAGGAACUGAGUGCUCCAGUGUGCUUCAAGAUCGCCUCGGAGCUGAAGAAUUUCGGAAACACUGCUUUUAAGAGCGGCGACAUCAACUUGGGUCUCGAGAAGUACCAAAAGGGUCUCCGCUAUCUCAAUGAAUUCCCGGAGCCGGAGGAGGGAGAUCCCAAGGAACUCGAGGCCCAGAUCAAGUCUCUGCGUUUCACGCUCCACUCGAAUUCUUCUCUCCUCGCAAACAAAUUGGGCCAGUUCAAGAAUGCGAAGACCUGGGCUACGUACGCCUUGGAGGUUGCCGGUGCUGCUAACGCAAAGGAUGCGGACAAAGCGAAGGUCUACUAUCGCCGCGCGGUCGCUCAUACCGGACUCAAGGAAGAAGACGAUGCUCUAAAGGACCUGGAAGAGGCUUCUAGCCUGGCUCCUACCGACGCCGCGAUUUCGGCCGAGACAACUAGAGUCAAGAAGGCCAUCAAAGCUAGAGAGGAUCAGGAGAAGGCCACUGCUCGGAAGUUCUUCUCAUAG